AUGUUUUUUAGGUUUCAAUAUCCAUGUAUCACUAGAUGGGGAUCUUUUAUAAAAGUAGCAGAACAAAUUCUUAAAUAUAAAAACCAAUUAAAGGUUGUUAAUACAAUUGAAGACCAAACUUUUUGGGAAGCAUUAGACAUCUUUAUCAAUGUGCUGAAACCAUAUGAAUUUAUUAUAAAGAUAUUGGAAUCUGAACAUGCUAACUUAGGUCAUGUUAUUGCAUCUUGGGCAUGGCUGAGAGGUGUAAUUGAGAAAAUUCCAUCUAAUCUUGAUUCAAUCAAAAUUAAUUUGGGACAAGAAAUUGAAAAAAGAUGGAAAAAAAUUUAUGAUCCUAUUUUUUUAGUCACAUGGUAUUUACAUCCCUUUCAUCAUGGCAAUGGGAUUAAUCCAGUACAUACAUUAAGAAUUCAAGAGUUUGCCUACAAUUUAUUUUGUUCUUUAUAUUCUGAUCUGGAUGGCAAUCAAUUCAUUGAUGAAUGGCAUAACUAUUUGUAUAAAGAAAGACAAAAACUAAAUAGUUCACAUUACCAAGCAAAUUGUAUUUAUUGCAAUUUAAGUGUUCGUGGUGUUAAUAAAAUUAUGACAAAACAUCUGCAGGAAUGUCCUGAAGUUGAUGAAGACCUUUGUGCAGAGUUUUCUGAUUUAUUUGAGCUUCCUAAAAAAAGAACCAAAAAUGAUGAUAAUGACUCUCAAGAGAUGACUGAAUUAAAUGAUGAUGAAAGAAAUACUGUUAAUAAGCAAUUAUUAUAUGCAUUUAUUUCUGCAAAUGUGCCAUUUUCUUUUGUAGAAAAUCCUGAAGUAAUCAAGCUUUUUAACACCAUAAGGCCAUCUUACAAAUUACCAUCAAGGAAAACUCUAAGAAUAAUUAUUUUCAAUAAAUACAAAGAAAUAGGUUUGGAUAAAUGGAUAGCUUUUGCAAGUGAUAGUGGACCUGAAUUUGUGAAGUCACAAAGGCUUAUUAGAGAAAAAUUUUUUAUUAUAAUAGUACACUUUUGUAGCUCAAAUCUUGCAAUCUCAAAACUAAGAGAAUUGGCAGAAAAUUAUAAUCUUAGGUUUCAAUAUCCAUGUAUCACUAGAUGGGGAUCUUUUAUAAAAGUAGCAGAACAAAUUCUUAAAUAUAAAAACCAAUUAAAGGUUGUUAAUACAAUUGAAGGCCAAACUUUUUGGGAAGCAUUAGACAUCUUUAUCAAUGUGCUGAAACCAUAUGAAUUUAUUAUAAAGAUAUUGGAAUCUGAACAUGCUAACUUAGGUCAUGUUAUUGCAUCUUGGGCAUGGCUGAGAGGUGUAAUUGAGAAAAUUCCAUCUAAUCUUGAUUCAAUCAAAAUUAAUUUGGGACAAGAAAUUGAAAAAAGAUGGAAAAAAAUUUAUGAUCCUAUUUUUUUAGUCACAUGGUAUUUACAUCCCUUUCAUCAUGGCAAUGGGAUUAAUCCACAUAACUAUUUGUAUAAAGAAAGUUAUUUCAAAUCUAAUUCAUUAUGGCAACCAUCAAUAACAAAAGACCCAACUAGAUUUUGGAAAAGUGUUUUAACUUUGUGUCCAAACCUAUCAGCUUUUGCUUCUAGGCUGUUUGCAAUUCCACCAAACUCUGCUACAUCUGAAAGAAUCUGGUCUCUUUUUGUUAAUAUUCAUACAGGAUGA